AAUUAACCUGCCUCUUCAGUUUCAUCGUGGGAUUUAUUUCAAAGCCUGCUAGACACAGAGACAGGCAAUGUCUCUCUCGGUGGAUGUAGAUGUAGAUGAGGGCGCUCAUGAUGUUGGUCCAGCGGCUCCACUUCGUCCUGUGUUCAGUGAUUGCUUCUCUCCCUCUCCCACCUCCACUUCUCCUUCUGCUAGUGGUGCUGCCGCUGCUUCGAUUCUCUCGGCGAGGGCGAAGAUACGAUGGGGGCUAUGGUCCCCGAAUGACGCUGAGUGGAUGCAACUGGUGCAAGACAACUACAACAAGCAUCACCGACUAGCAGGGCCGAUCCGUGAAGAUGGCGAGCCUCUGAUCCCUCUCAAGAUUCACCAUAUCUGGCUGGGCAGCCCGCUCCCCGCAGCGUUCGCCCGCCUUUGUGAGUCGUGGCUGGCGAGACAUAGCGGGCCCAGCAGUCAGGGGCUUGGGCAUGAAAUGAGCAAAAGCAGCAGCACACCGUGGGAGGUGCGGCUGUGGACGGACGCUGACAUCAACGCUUUCGGCUUGGAGAACCGCGGAGCCUACGACGCUGCCCAAAACUUUGGGCAAAAGUCGGACAUCCUGCGCUACGAGAUCCUGCUUCGGCACGGCGGUCUUUACGUGGACGUGGACUUCCUCUGCCUCAGCUCAUUCGACGACCUUCACAGGCGCUACGAGUUCUACGCAGGCGUUUCUAACACGGGCACGUUCGAGCUCAACAACGGCCUCAUCGGCUGCCGCCCGGGCCACCCGAUCAUGCGCGACAUCGUGAACAGAAUAAAGAGCAGCUGUUGUAGCCUGCCUUCUUCCACCCCUCCUUCUCAUCCUGGUAAACCCUCGUCUUCAUCGGUGGCGGCGGGGGUGCUACUCUCUGGCGUGGGAGUCGCCGGCAGCGUUACGGAUGCCGGCGGCGAUGGUGGUGGUAAAGGAACAACGGUGGGGGAUCCGCUGUCGGCCCUGAUGGGGGCGUUGGGAGAGGAGGGGGGAGCGGGGGGACUGUUGGCGGGGCUGCUGGGUGGGGAUGAUCGUGCCCGCUUGCGACAGGCUGUGGAAGUGGAGGCGGACAGCGCUACAGAAACCAUCGUCAAGACAGGCCCUGGGGUGUUCACGAGAGCUGUCAUGGCGUGGAUGGUCAGCUCCGCCACGGGGGAAGACCGUGCUGCUCCCGCUACAGCCGACGGCAGUGGCACGAGCAGCGCAGCGGAAGAGGAUAUUUUUCACAGCACUGGCACGGCUGCGCGCGACGCUGAUGCUUUUGGUGGUGGUGGUGGUGGUAGUGGUCGGGGUGGUGAUGAUGGUGGUGGUGCUACCUUUGGUGCAUCGUCGCGUUGCAGCCCCAACCGAAGGCGUGCCGACGACGACACCACGGUCACUGCCACCGCCGCUCUCGCCGCUACCCGGCCUGCGAUGAUUCUGCCCCCGUCGUAUCUGUAUCCGAUCCCCAACAACGCCGCCGCCGCCAAGGCGGGCCUCUUGAUCGGGGACGGGACCGAAAGUGGGGUCCGCGAGCGCGCGGGCGGUUAUCUUUCCUCGGAGUCUCUUGCGGCUCACCUUUGGGGAAGGUCUUGGCAGCAGCAGCAGCAGCAGCAGCAGCAGCAGCAGCAACAGCAACAACAACGAGUGGUCAAGAAGUAGUGGGCAUGACGUGGCGACGUGUAUGCCAAUGGACGCGGUUAUCUUGUUUGGUUUAUUUUUUCGGCUUCGUCCGCGGUAGCAUCACAAAUUACCGUAUGGCGCAAGUUGUUGUGUACGUUUUUUUUCCCGCCCAAAGUUUUGUGUUGGGAAGGGAGGGUCUUUGCUGCAGGGCGAACGCAAGCGUGAUGAGGUGUAUGGGAAACGAGGGAUGGUACUGUAGUUUAGCUGUUGCUUGUCUCGGGGGGGCGUGGGUUGAAGGCCUUGCGGGUGGACAGCGUUCUGUAUA